AUGAGAUUGAGGACAUGGCUGAGUGUUGGGUCCGGGUUUAUGAGUUUCUCCUGUGAGGCUGUGCGCAGUUGUGCAGAGAUCCAGUGUGAUGAAGACCAGCGAUGCUGCACCCAAAACAGCAGCAGCAGCAGCAGCAUCACGCCCAUCCGUCAACUCCCUCUGCACACUUUCCUGGACAAUCUGGAAUGGAUGGUCCGUAAGCUGUCGGGACUGCUGAUCCUGCUCUUGCUCUUUGUGGUGGGUUACUUCAUUCAGCGUGUCGUAUGUCCGCGUCCCCGCCGUCAGACACCCGAGGAGCCGUCACUUCUGCAUGGACACACGUCCCAGGACUCCCUCACAGGGGACUUCAGCUCCCCGGUGCUGCUGCUUCCCACGUACGAGGAGGUGAAUUACCUGCCCACAUAUGAGGAGAUCAUGAUGGAGGUGGAUGGAGACAAUCUGAACUCAAACUCAGGAGCGAUAGAGGAAAGACAAGCAACAUUGCAAACUUCUAGAAGACCCAUAAACUCUCUAUAA